GGUACAUUUGACACCAGAAAAGCCAAUAAGCAAUAAGAAACAGACUUCUUGUUCUUGGACUAGUGGAGUACAGCCUACGAAACAGCACUCAACCAGGUCAGAAGAUUUGAUCCUGGAUAAUAGUUUUAAGGGUCAAUUCAUUUUUAUUUUCAACAUGCAGAACUUGUAGGGCAGAUCAAGACUCAGAUAAUCUUUUAUUGGAAUCAUGCCUCCUUUCAUGAGCUGCUUUUGCUUCAAGAGUUCCAAAGCUGAUAGACAUAGGACUGGAUUUGAGGAGUCUAUUAUCCUUGCUUCAGAAACUGCUUUUACCGUAAAUGAAGUGGAGGCCUUGUAUGAUCUGUUUAAGAAAAUAAGCAAUUCCAUAAUUAAAGAUGGCCUUCUACACAAGGAAGAAUUCCAACUUGCACUAUUUCAAAGCAGCAGUAAGCAGAAUCUUUUUGCAGACAGGGUAUUUGAUUUGUUUGAUGUCAAGCGUAAUGGGGUAAUUGAAUUUGGAGAAUUCGUUCGGUCAUUGAGCAUUUUUCAUCCAAAUGCUUCUGAAGCAGACAAAAUUUCAUUUGCAUUUAGAUUGUAUGAUCUACGACAGACGGGCUACAUUGAGCGUGAUGAGGUGAAGGAGAUGGUGGUAGCCCUUUUAGGAGAAUCAGAGCUGGUACUUACCAAUGAUGUUAUCGAAUCAAUCGUUGACAAGACAAUGAUGGAGGCAGAUAUAAAAGCAGAUGGAAAAAUUGAUCAAGAAGAGUGGAAGGAAUAUGUGGCAAAGCAUCCAUCUCUUAUAAAGAAUAUGACUCUUCCAUAUCUAAAGGACAUAACAAUAGCAUUUCCCAGCUUUGUGCUCAACACCGGAGUUCCAGAUUAGAUACGAUUGCAUGGUAAAGAUCGAUAAUAGACACUAGCAAAGCCUUUUCUCCGUGGAUGUCUCAACACAUCUAGUAGUGAGGCUCCAUGUGUAGAGCACAAAGAUGAUGGAAGGAACCAGAAGAAAGAGAAGUUUAAUCCAUAGCAUAGCCUCCACGUUCAGCAGUAUAUGUUUUGAUCAGGAGGACGUUUCUGUAAUUUAACUGUUUAAUUUACAUAAAAUGUACAUGUUAGUUUAGAUUGUUUAUAGUCUACUGAAAUUUGCUUUCCCGAACUCCGGUGAAAAGUUAAUUGCUUUUCGUACUUUUCAAUUGAAAAAUAUUCUGUCGA